UUUUGUAGUAGUCCAGUGUUUGUUUAUGAGCCAGGCCCUGAGCGGAGCCAUGUUGUGGUAGCCUGAUACGGUAUAUAUGCCCUUAUUUGCAUCCCGUGAUGUCACUUCCGACAGCAGCUCCGCGCUGUAGACGGCUGGUGAGCUCAUCGUUUCUCCAGGACUCCGGCGGUGACUUCACCCAAUGUCAAUACUGGGCCAUGACGUCAUCAGAUAGCGGCUAGCACCAGGAGGUGAGCGCUGAUGACGUUACAUGUCUCUUUACAGCAGCUGUGAUCCGUCAAGUGCUAGACAUAACUACUGCUCCUAUUAUCCUCAUGUACAUAUGACUACAACUCUGGUUAUCCUCAUGUACACAACUACAACUCCCAUUAUCAUGUGCACAAGACUACAGCUCCUAUUAUCCUCAUGCGCACAUGACUUGACUACAACUUUAUCAUCCUUGUGAGCACAUGACUACAGCUCCUAUCAUCCUCAUCCGCACAGGACUACAGCUCCUAUCAUCCUUGUGUGCACAUGACUACAGCUCCUAUCAUCCUCACCCGCACAUGAAUACAGCUCCUAUCAUCCUCAUCCGCACAUGACUACAGCUCCUAUCAUCCUUGUGUGCACAUGACUACAGCUCCUAUCAUCCUCAUCCGCACAUGACUACAGCUCCUAUCAUAGACAAAACACGUUAUUCUGUAGACCACACUUCCCAUCAUGCUUCCACAUUUUCGCACUACACUGCUCAUCAGUUCGCAUCACUUCAUCCCUGUCAUCUCCAUUUACACAGCACUACUCCUCCUAUCGUCUCCUGCAUCAGUAUGCCUCCCAUCAUCACUAUGCCAGCCGUAUACAUAGUAAUAAACCUCCCAUCAUCCCCCUGUACGCACACACUCAUCCUCCUGUGUACAUCACCACGCCUCCCAUCAUCCUGGGUGGUUGCGCUCCUCUGGCGGUGUCACUGUGUCUCGCUCUCCUGUAGGGCCCCUGCUAUCAGGGAGGCAUGGACCGGGCGGACGUCUCUAACACGGUAAGUGUCCCCGGCGUCUCCCACAAUGCAGCAGAGCGUGCUCUGGUACAGAACCAGCAGAGGGCAGCAGUCCGCUCCUGCAGCUCUGGAUGUGACUGGAGACGGGAUGUAACCAGGAUGAGGACCAGAUAAGUAAAGAUGAGGAUUUGCUGUUCUGUGAUGUGAGGGGCUUUGUGUCCUGUCCGGGCCCCGGUCACUGACUGCCCCUCCCCCAUCUGCAGGAUCCAAUCACAUUUGAGGACGUGGCGGUGUAUUUCUCGGAAGGAGAGUGGCAUUGGAUGCAGGACUGGCAGAAGGAGCUGUACCAGAGCGUGAUGAAGGAGAACUACGAGACCGUGUCAUCCCUGGGGGACGCCUGGCCGGCCGAGAGCAGUGCUCCAGGUACCCGGUUUCCCUGCGCUGACACGUGACGUCCGGUUGGUCCGAGGCGCAAGGAGAACCCCGACGUUCAUGAAGGAAGAGCACGAUCCCACAUCAGACCUUAACGAUUUGGACAUCACCACAGUGAUCAUAAAGGAAGAAUCCGAGUCUCCUCUUCCCUUCCUCCAUGAAACCUGUAACAAGAGAAGAAGAAGAAGAGGACCGUCCUGCCCAGGGGUCAAGAAGGAGGAAUACGAUGCUGAUUGGCUGACCAUUUCCUCGUCCCUGAACCGCGGCCUUGACGCUUUCACCCAAAACAAGAUCUUCAUGAAGCGGAAGUCGGCGUUGGUGCUGCUGGACCGCUCCUGGCACCAGUCAGACUCCGCUUUCCCCUGUACCGUCUGCAAGAAAACCUUCCCCAGCCGCUAUCGUCUUCGGAUGCACUCGCGAGUUCAUACCGGGGAGAAGCCAUAUGUAUGCCGGGACUGCGGUAAGGGCUUCUCCCGCUCUGACUACCUGAAGUCUCACCGCCGGUUGCACACCGAGGAGAAUCCCUACAAGUGCCCUGACUGUGACAAGGGCUUUCCAGAUAAAGUGACCCUGAGGAAGCACCUGAGGGUCCAGCACAACCGACUGGACCGAAGGUUGAAGGAGGUGAGACGUCUCCUUAAGCAGGACGCCAGCGGCCGCCUCCCGAACCCUGUCCCCAAGAAGCUGCACAUGUGCGACAUCUGCAAGAAAGGCUUCACCAAAUCCUACAACCUGAAAGUUCACCGGAGAAUUCACACAGGAGAGAAACCCUAUAAAUGUCCCAAGUGCGACAAGUGCUUCUCUCAGAACAUCCGGCUGAAGAUCCACAAGACAAUGCACGAGGAGUGGGCGCACGAAGCUGGCCGCUUCCGGAGAGCCAAGCCUACCUCUCCUCCCGAAAGGAUCCACAAGUGUCCGGUCUGCGAGAAAAGCUUCGGCAAGUCCUACACCCUUAAAGUGCACCUGAGGAUCCACACGGGGGAGAAGCCCUAUCAGUGCGAGGAGUGCCAGAAGUGCUUCUCAAAGAACAACCUUCUGACCGUGCACAAGAGAAUCCACAGCGGAGAGAGACCCUAUCAGUGCAUGGAGUGUCCCAAGAGCUUCAGUGUCAUUUCCCACCUCCGCGUCCACCGCAGGACCCACACCGGAGAGCGGCCGUACCAGUGCACCGAGUGCACCAAGAGCUUUAGCGACUAUUCUUCCAUGGUGCGGCACCUGAGGGUGCACUCCGGCGCCAAACCAUACCAGUGCACCAUCUGCAACAAGAGUUUCAGGGAGAAGUCCCACCUGACGGUACACAAGCGUACUCACACCGGCGAGCGGCCUUACAAAUGUGGUGAAUGCGACAGGGCCUUCAGCGACUGCUCCUCCUUUGUAGAGCACCGCAGGAACCACACUGGCGCCAAGCCCUACAAGUGCGAGGUGUGCGACAAGAGCUUCACCAAGGCCUACACCCUGAAGAUCCACAACCGCGUCCACACCGGCGAAAGGCCCUAUAAGUGUAACCGCUGUCCCAGGAGCUACAGCAUCAAGUAUCAUCUGAAAGUGCACGAGAAGAGCCAUGACAUGGGCACACAUGUCAGUACUGCCCCCUUAAGACCAAGGACAAUAUUAGUGGAGUAGGCAGCCAUAGUAGAAGUAGUGUAGGUGGCGGCCAUGUUCACACUUUGUAUAAUGCAUGUUUAUAACGGUCAUUAUUUAUUUUUAAUAAAAUAGAUUCAGCUUCA